AUGUCCUGACUUUCACUGUUAACAUGUUGCUGCAUGGCCUCACCUACAAGCUGCAAGUCGGAGAUUUGGACUCUUGUUUAGAUAUAAUGAUUCAGAUUUUCAACCACGAGUUGUUCGGUGCCAUUGCCGAAGAGAAGGAAGUGAAGCAGAUCCUCUCCAAAGUCAUGGAGGCCCGAAGAAGCAAGAGUUACGAUUCUUAUGAAAUCCUGGGCAAGUUUGUAGGAAAAGAUCAGGUUACAAAACUGAUCCUUCCGCUAAAAGAGAUCUUACAAAAUACCACGAGUUUAAAACUGGCCCGGAAAGUUCAUGAGACCUUACGCCGAAUCAUUGCAGGACUAAUUAUAAAUCAGGAAAUGACAGCAGAAUCCAUUCUAUUGCUCAGUUAUGGUUUGGUCAGUGAAAAUCUCCCCCUGUUAACAGAGAAAGAAAAAAAUCCAGCAGCCCCUGCCCCAGAUCCACGUCUGCCACCCCAGAGCUGUCUUCUGCUCCCCCCAACUCCAGUUCGAGGCGGGCAGAAAGCUGUUGUGAGCAGGAAGACCAACAUGCACAUAUUUAUUGAGUCUGGGCUUCGGCUGCUGCAUCUGAGUCUGAAAACUUCCAAGAUCAAGUCUUCGAGUGAACGGGUUCUGGAAAUGUUGGAUCCUUUUGUGUCUCUCCUCAUAGACUGCCUGGGUUCCAUGGAUGUGAAGGUGAUCACAGGUGCUUUGCAGUGCCUGAUCUGGGUCUUGCGGUUCCCUCUGCCUUCCAUAGAAACAAAAGCGGAGCAGCUGACGAAACACCUUUUCCUUUUGCUGAAGGACUAUGCAAAGCUCGGGGCUGCCAGGGGUCAGAACUUCCAUAUGGUGGUAAAUUGUUUCAAGUGUGUGACCAUACUUGUGAAGAAAGUGAAGUCUUACCAGAUAACCGAAAAGCAGCUCCAGGUCCUACUAGCAUAUGCUGAGGAGGACAUUUAUGAUACAUCAAGACAAGCCACUGCGUUUGGUCUCCUAAAGGCCAUCUUAUCAAGAAAGUUGCUGGUCCCUGAAAUCGAUGACGUCAUGCGGAAAGUAUCCAAGUUGGCCAUUUCUGCUCAGAGUGAACCUGUCCGGGUCCAGUGCAGACAGGUUUUUCUGAAAUAUAUUCUUGACUAUCCCCUGGGUGAUAAAUUGAGACCGAACUUGGAAUUCAUGCUCGCUCAACUAAAUUAUGAACAUGAGACCGGCAGAGAGUCCGCCUUGGAAAUGAUUGCUUAUCUCUUUGACACGUUCCCUCAGGGACUGCUCCAUGAGAACUGUGGGAUGUUCUUUAUUCCUCUUUGUCUAAUGAUGGUGAACGAUGACUCUGCCCUGUGUAAAAAGAUGGCAUCCAUUUCGAUCAAAUCCUUACUCAGUAAAAUCAACCUUGAGAAAAAAGAUUUUCUUUUUGAUAUGGUUGCCACCUGGUUUGGAGCAAAGAAGAGCUUAAGUAGACAGCUAGCUGCCCUGGUCUGUGGAGUGUUUGUGGAAAGUGAAGGAGUCGCUUUUGAAAGAAGACUUGGAACUGUUCUCCCUGUGAUUGAAAAGGAAAUUGAUCCUGAAAACUUUGAAGAUAUCAUGGAAGAGACUAAAGAAAAAGCUGCAGAUCGCCUUCUGUUCAGUUUUCUCACACUGAUAAGUAAACUCAUCAAGGAAUGUAAUAUUAUUCAGUUUACCAAGCCCUCUCAGACUUUGGGUAAAAUCUGGAGCCACGUGCAUGCUCACCUGAGACAUCCACACAACUGGGUGUGGCUCACUGCAGCCCAGAUUUUUGGAUUGCUCUUUGCCUCUUGCCAACCAGAGGAGCUUAUUAGAAAACGGAAUGUCAAAAAAGCUAAAAGGAAACUCUCAGAACCUGUAGCUGUCAGGUUCCUAACAAGUGACCUUGGCCAAAAGAUGAAAAGUAUCUCCCUAGCCUCUUGCCAUCAGUUACAUUCCAAAUUCUUGGAUCAGUCUCAAGGAGAGCAGGUUGUUAAGAAUUUGUUGUUCGUAGCUAAAGUCUUAUAUUUACUGGAACCUGAUUCUGGCGAUAAGCAAGGUCGGAUGAAAGAAGGCAUGGAAGAACAAGAAACUGUAGCAGGUGGUGUGGCCAGAGAGGCAGUGGAACAUGAGGCCCAUGCAGAUGGGAAGGCGGAAUCUGACCAAGAAGAGAAUGAAGAGGGGAAGAAAGAGCACAGCAAGCCAGCCACGCUGCUGUGGCUGAUCCAGAAGUUGUCUCGGAUUGCAAAACUGGAAGCUGCUUACUCACCUAGAAACCCCUUAAAGAGAACAUGCAUCUAUAAGUUUCUCGGAGCUGUGGCGAUGGAUCUUGGAGUAGACAAGGUGAAGCCGUAUCUCCCGGAGAUCAUAGCUCCUUUGUUCCGAGAACUGAACAGCACCUAUUCGGACCAGGAUCCUUUGCUGAAGAAUCUAUCCCAGGAAAUCAUAGAAUUACUCAAAAAGCUGGUUGGGCUGGAGAGCUUCUCAUUAGCCUUCGCCUCUGUACAGAAACAGGCUCAUGAGAAAAGGGCACUCCGGAAAAAGAGGAAGGCUUUGGAGUUUGUAACCAAUCCUGAUAUUGCCGCCAAGAAGAAGCUGAAGAAACACAAAAGUAAAAGUGAAGCAAAGAAAAGAAAGAUAGAGUUCCUGCGUCCUGGCUAUAAGGCCAAGAGACAGAAGAGCCACAGCCUGAAAGAUUUAGCGAUGGUGGAAUAAUGUGCCCCCUGUGCUGACAGUGUCUCAUGAACUCUCCAGUGUAUCUGCUAGUCAGAAGUCACAGCAGGUUUUCUUAUUUAAGCUAAACUUUGGCAGAGAUUGUAUAUUAUACAGUUUAAUAUAAUCAUGCUCAUAUUUUUUUAAUUAAAACAUUUAUAAUACUA